AUGUUUGUGUCCGUGCUUCAAGCAGAUCAAGCAGCUCAAAAUGAAGUACGUAAAGUCUUGGAUGACAACGACAGUGAUAUUGUUCAGAACGCGGAGAAGAUCGUUGAUGUGAUGAAUGAAAAACUGGCUACAAAAUUUUCUGGAACAAUUAGAUCUUAUUUCUAUCAAAUUGUAGGCUGAUUGAGAGCUUCAUUCGAUAAACGCUUAACAACCAUAUCUAGAAAUAGUACAUAUGCAUGCAUAUAUCAGAAAGUUUUCAAAUCCGUUGGAACUCAUACAAUGUCACCGUCAAAACCAUCUUCAUAGUUUGCCUCUUUAGAUUCCAUACAGUCAACGUUAAAAGAAGAGAAAAAGGUUUCUAGAUUUCUGACAUCCUGGGUCUGAUAAACACAUUAAAAGAAAACUAUUGUUGAGCACAUCAUGACGUAUGAAGAAAAGGCUCCAUUCCCUCAACGAACAUCAGGUUUCCCCCAAUUCUUCAUAUCUGUUUUUCAAACAUUUCCUUACACUAUCGAGGCCCAUAUUUGAGAUGGACCUUCUGGACUAUUGAACCUGCCAGGCGGAUGAUGAUUAUUUUGUGUUUGCUUAGCUCAAACUAGAAACUAUUGUUUUAGCCAAAUUUUAAAAUCUAAUUUGAGCUGCAAAUACAUGAAACUAAUUGAUUAUGAAUAUAAUCAUGCUAGAAUAUGAGUUAAUCUAAACUUUUUUAUUUUCCAACAAAUCGAGCUAGCUCAUUACAUGUUGGUUGAAGUUGAACAAAUGUGAGAAUAAUAACAACAGGAAAAAGAACAACAAGUAAAAAAUGAAAGAAACAAGCAAAGUAAUGUAAAGUUAAAAAAGAAUUUAUCAUAUCAAGGGAAACGUUUUUCUUUUGUUUCAGGAAUCUGCUAGGAGUACAGUUCUACUUUGGUGAGAAAGGAAGGGUCCCAUAUCAUUGGGUCCGGCAAAAACGUUCUGCAUCCUUUAAAAAUUUUAAAACAGAAAGGUAUAGGAUUUUAAUUUUAUCUUUUACGAGAGAGAGCAUGUCGCUGUCUUUAAAAAGUAAAUGAUCUAUUGUUAUGUCGGUUAUUUGUAGUAUAGUUUUGAAAUCUUUGUUGAACUUCCAGGUAUAGGCAUCGUCAAUCGACGUUUGAGCGAUCGACAUUUGAGCGAC